AGUAAACACUCAACAUGGAUGGUUUCUCAGUUCUCAUUGCUUUCAUUCGAAUUUUAGCUUAAAAUUGUUUAAAAUGGUUUAGUAAUAUUUAAGAGGAUAUCAAAUAAAUUGUAAAAAUGUCAUCAGAAAGGGUUGAAUGGGUGGAGAUUAUAGAACCGAAGACAAAGGAGCAUAUGUAUGCUAACCUAACAACUGGCGAGUGUGUUUGGGAUCCUCCUGAGGGAGUAAAAGUAAAACGCACAGAUUCAUCGCAAUGGUGGGAAUUGUUUGACAUCAACACACAUAGGUUUUAUUACUAUAAUGCAUCUACACAGAGUACUGUGUGGCACAGACCUACAGAUUGUGAUAUUAUACCGCUAGCAAAGUUACAAACUUUGAAGCAAAAUACAGAUCCUCAGAAAAGACGGGAGACAUCAACUCAAACAAACCAAGCUGCGCCACUGAUCCCCGCUACACUUGACCCGAUUAGUAGCAAUGGAAACAAUACCGUGGCGAGCGUGAGCAAACUUUCACCGAGCAAUACUAAAAAUGUCACAAUCACGCAAACCAGCCCCGUGCGUACUAGGAGGACUCAUUAUCAUCACAGGAACAGUGGGGAAAGCAGACGCGGGCGGUUGAGCGAAGACGGCACCACGGCAGUAUGUCGUCACACGGACUCCGGUCGCUCCUCGGACAGCAGCAUCAGCAGCGCGCAACAGCGCCGCAAGCAGGAGUUAAGCAACAGUGCGUGCAGUGCGAGCGCCUGCACGCCGCAGCUGCGCAAGCGCAGCGGUGCGCAGCCCGCGCUGCCCGCGCUGCCCGCGCUGCCCGCGCUGCCCGCGCACGCCGCGCCGCCGCUCGACGCCGACAAGUGGUCGCCGCACUCUGGUCUCAAUCGCAGCGGCAGCUUUGUGUCGCCUCGAAAGGACGCCUCGGACGAUUCUAUGCACGAAAAGUAUUUUAAAUCCGUCGAAAGCACACCUUUAACGAGACGUAAGUUAAAACAACAAUCGGCCGGUGGUUCAUCUUGUGACUCAGCGUCGCCGCAAAGUCCAAGCAGUCCAUUGCAGAAGCCACAACCGACGCCAUUCUUGCAGGCGAGCGCGGCGCGGCCGUCGCUGGUGUCGUCCAUCUCGCUGGCGGAGGGCGCGCGCGCGCUGCACUCGCUGGAGCGCCCGCACCACCUGUCGCGACACGCGCGCGAGCGCUUCUCCGACAGACACUUAGACAAAGAACGUUUGGCGGAGCUCGAGCGCAUGGAGCGGUACCCUGAGAAGCAGGCCGUGUACAGUGUGGACAAGCCCUUCAGGCAGACCAGCCUCGAUCUGCGGCACAACGCCUCCAGCUGGCAUCCACCGAGGGAGUUCACGAGACGCCAGCAAGCGGAGCCGGAGCGCUACACGUCGAGCAAGGCGUCGGUGUCGUCGGGCGGCAGCGGCAAGCAGCGCGCCGCGCACGACCACCUCGCCUUCGUGCGCCUCGCCUCGGCCAACGAGCACGACAACGUCGCCGCGGUUAACUUUAAAUUAAAAUGCGUGAAUCUGGAGCCAGCUUUGACGGAGCCUAAUGUACAGAAACAUAAUCAACGUCUAGAAAGAACCACCGCGCCACGAGACCGUACGAAAUCACGUCGACAUAAGAGGCCUGUAGAAGAUGAUCCUCAAAACGACGGCGAGGAAGAAGACGAGGAAGGAGGCGGGUCACCUCUCUACUGCAACUGGGAUUUACGCGGGAUGCAGCAUCUAUUGCCAUUGCAGGACUAUAUCAUUCAACAAGCUAAGCUCUCUAGUCGCGGGCGCUACGCCGGCUCCGACUCGGACGGCGAGUCCGGCACGUCGCGCUCGCGGUCCGGCUCCGAGUCGCGCUCGCUGUCCGGCCACGAGCCCGACAACGAGUCGUCGGACGGCGGCGCGCGCACGCCGGACGACGACGACGGCUCGGGCGUGUACCUGCCGCACACGUACGCGCAGCGCCCGCCCGACGCCGAGUACAUGAACCACGGCGUGUCCUACUACAACACCUUCGUGGGCUUCGAGCGCGACCGCCAGCCCUCGCCGGCCAUACAUCGGACGUCGUCGCUGGGCGGCGGCGCGGGCGGCGCGGGGGAGGCGGGCGGCGCGGGCGGCGCGGGCGGCGCGCUGUACAGCCCGGUGCGCGCGCACCCGCACGCCGGCCCGCCGCCGGAGCAGGACAUCGAGAUAUUCGCCAAGGACAAUCUCAACUUCAACAAGGGAAUAUUCAGGAGAAAGGCCUCGGUCCGCGACAUGUUGUCGUGGACGUCGUCCUCCAUCAGCGCCCCCAUGGUGGGCGCGGAGUGGGACAAGGCGCACAAGAAGGCGGCCAUCGACUUGUUCCGCCUCGUGCAGAUCUACAUGGGCGACCGCAAGGCCAGGCCCGGUAUGACGCUCAACUCGGUGGCGCAGGACAUACUUCACGCCACCUUCAGCAACGAGAAACUUCGAGACGAGCUCUACGUUCAGCUGUGCAGGCAGACGACAGAAAAUCCUCUAAGAGACUCCUUAUUGCGCGGUUGGGAAUUACUGGCUGUGUGUCUCGCUUUCGUGCCGCCGUCUCCUGCCUUUCAACCAGCUCUUACAAAUUAUGUUAAUAGACACAGGGAUCCCGCUUUCGCCGACUGUUUUCCAGAGGUCGGCAAGUGGCCGAUACACGUUCAAGUAUCACAUUAUGCGAGCGUAGCAUGUAAGAGACUCGAGAGGAUUGGCUUCGGAGGCAAAAGGCCGCCUCGGAAACCCAGCACUGAAGAUAUCGACCAAGCUAGAAUCCAGAUCUUCCGGCAGUCGAUGUUCGGCAACACGCUGGCGGAGGUGAUGGCGCUGCAGCGCGAGCGCUUCCCGCAGCGCGCGCUGCCGUGGGUGCAGACGGCGUUGUCGCAGCAGGUGCUGGCGCUGCACGGCCGCGAAACCGAGGGCAUCUUCCGCGUGCCGGCCGACGUGGACGAGGUGGGCGCGCUCAAGGCCAAGAUCGACAACUGGGAGCUGCCCGACGCCACCAUGCUCACGGACGCGCACGCGCCGGCCAGCCUGCUGAAGCUGUGGUACCGCGAGCUGUACGAGCCGCUGAUCCCGGACGCGCUGUACGGCGCUUGCGUGUCGGCUGGUGCCGACUACGCCGCGUGUGCGCGCGCUCUGCAGCGCCUACCGCCGCUCAACCGCCUGGUACUUACAUAUUUAAUAAGUUUCCUUCAACAAUUCGCCGCUCCCGAGGUGGUAAGUCAGACCAAAAUGGACUCAUCCAAUCUAGCGAUGGUGUUCGCGCCGAACUGCCUCCGCUGCACCUCGCAGGACCCCAGAGUCAUACUCGAGAACGCGCAUAAGGAGAUGACCUUCCUCAAAACACUCAUCACUAACCUCGAUACCUCGCACGUGCAAGAUCUGCUGUGACCGACGAAUCUCAAUUACUGUAACAACAAUGUCGCCAGACAAACUUUCUAGCGACGGUUGAAUGUAGCCCUUAAAUUAAUUCUCGUAAGCUAGUAUUAUCGUCUCGCCGACCGCGGUAACAACGCGUGCGAGCAGGACGGCGCAUGUGACGCGCUUUGUCGCUUAGGGAUCGCCGUAGCGACGCCGUAUGUAUAACACGGUAUAGAAUGCUACAGGUAAAAACAAAAACAAACAAAAAUUAUUCAAUGAUCACGAUGAUUAUGAAUGAAAAAUUAUAAUUUAAUUAGCUAUCGGUAAAAUUGAUAUUGAUGUUUGAAAUAAAAACAUAUUUUUUUUUUAUUAUGAAAUGUUGCUAAAAUUAAUUCUGACUGUGUGAAAAUCCAAAAUAUAUCCCGUGACAUGGCGACGUGACCACCACGGACGGCGAGGCUGUGAUACCACUAUAGUAGCGAAUCUUAACGCCUUUAGUGCAAGUAGUUAGAGGCGAGUUGACCAUUUCCUAUCAAUUAAUAUAUGUAUACCAUAUUUCAAGCAAGUUCGAUUACGCCUAUGGUAGGUGAAUACGAACGUUUAAUAAUUCCCUUACUUGAAUUAUAAUUGACAUUCUUGUAUAUUUUUUGUAUUUUUGUACGCUGUGUAAUAAUUUUAUUUGGUCGUAUCCAAAGAUAUUUAAUGAGAUGUGAUUUUUAAAUAUAUUUAGACUUGAGCUUUACAAAAGUGUACGUGCAAUGUUCGCCAUGAAUCUUUAUAGGGACUGUUGCGUGUUUGUUAUUAGUUGUAGGGUUUUGCGUGGAGAAUGUACGGAUAUAUUAAUUUAAGUUUUUAUUUCUAUAUUAUAAGUACACAAUUUAGUGCGUGAGUGCAUAAAUUCGGAGCCCGUGACGAAUUAGUUAUAUAUACGAGUUUUAUAGCUUUACGAACGAACACAUCACGGUUAUUAUAGACGUAGGUCGUUUACUUCGCAAACUUUGAAGCUUUGAGCGUUGGUGGGAGGGUUCCGUAAUAUAAUAUCGGUAUGAUUUUAUAGUCACACUUUAAUAAGAUAAUGAAUGAGAGCA